ACUAAAAACGCACAUUAUUCUUCUUUUACUGUGAAGCUUUUACAAUGUUUCCUUCACGGCGAAAAGGAGAAAAAAAAAGAAAAAUCAUGGAUUAGGUCCGUCCUCCUUUCAACCGGUCGCAAACGCUUCGGGGUCGGUGAUUCCGACCAUUUGCACUGCACGCUGCUGCCCUGCCUCCCCGUCAGUGUGUCUCGGGCCCGCUGCAACACAACACCUCAUCUCCGACGCGCUGUUAUUACGGGGGCUUUGAGGGUCGUUGGAGGAAGACGUUAAACGCUUUUUUUCAUUAUCUGUCGAAACGCGGGUCUAAAAUCCACAUCGGCGUUUCUAGAAAGGUGGUGGAAAAUAAAUGUGCUUCUUGUGGAUUUGCACCAGUUUAUGUUCCUUUGAAGUGCCGACGCAAAAGGAAACCUCAAGAGAAGUGUUGAAGCCGUGCCUCUCAUUUUACCACACAAACAACAAUGUAAUGAAGGCAAGUGACAGUGUAGAGUCCGAAGCAAAGUGAAAUAAAAAUUUCCUCUUCCUUCCAAGAAGUAGCAACACAAUGGACUCCAGCGCGACGUUGAUCCUCUUCCUCUGGCUGCUGUUCGCCUCCCGCGCUGAAGCCGCCCUUGAGGAAAUCGAGGCCACGCCUACCAACACAAACGGCAUCGAAAUAGGAGAGCUGUCAUUCAUGCAGCUCCUCCUGUUCAUGCUGGUGUUCCUGAAGCUCGUGACCCUCUAUUCCCUGGGUGUCCUGCCGAUCGAAAUCGACCUCGGGGCAAGUUUCACAGGCUUCACCAGCGAGAGAGGUCUUGUCGACAAAGACGCUGAGAUCUCCACGUACCUGCUGGAUUGUCCUCUGCAGUUCGUGUGCGACGUAGACGCAUGGGCAAAUCGAGACCAUGAUUACUAUCUCGAGAGCCUCAUUGCGUCUUGGUUUAGGAACUCGAACCACACGUGGCAGCGACCGGACAGCGAGGUGUAUGGAGGACACGGCACAUGCAAGGAGAUGUACCCGUGUCCUUUCGACGUACAGGCAGUAGUUGGUAUUCGCAUCCCCGGCUCAAAUGUACUCCCUGGCGCCGAGGAAGAAUCCUAUUCCUUCUUCUAAGGAAUGCACAUUGUCAAGGAUGAUGGUGUACCAGAUGAGGUUCCUUUCUCCUGAUGUCUCCACCGCAUCCAUCCAUCUAAUAAGGCUGUUGUGAAUCCAGAGGGGGAGUUUUACGUAAUAAAUAAGCUGUCUGCAAAAAAGGGCAUUUCAUGUAAAGUCCAUUAAAUACGUAAGCUUUUGAACCACUCCGUUACAAGGAGUGGUUUCUUGUUGUUUACUCUUGGCUUCUAGUUGUUACCUUUUUUAUUUUAUUUUUUAUUUUUAGUUACGUCAUCGAUGUUUUCGCCCCCCCCCCUUCCGUUUUUUUUAUGUCUUUUUAGUUUUAAAGUGAUUUCUUCUUUUGACAUGCCCUUCAGUUGACCUUUAUCUUCUGUUUCCUGUUUUCAUGCCUUCCUCUGUUUUUUCUUUUAUUGCAUUUUCUACUUCCUAGCUUUAGAGUGACAUUUUCAUAGGAACAUUUUCAAAACAUUAUCUCGUAACUGUUAUCAUCUCACUGGCGAAACAUGUUCAUACCUUUCGUCUCACAUCAAAGACACCAGCUCUGCUUUUCUCCAUAAACUAAGGUGGGCAUUGCAACGUGUCCGAUAUGUAGAUAACAUACAUUACCUCGGCCUAUGUAUCUUACGGUGAUUUCAAUAGUCUGAAAAGCCUGUAUCAUAUAGAAGUGAUUGGCAAAUUAGACCCGCAAUGUGAAUAAAAUAUUGGGGAACUCUUUUAAAUAAAAUUUGACUUGUAUGUAGCGUUAUGUGACAGGUUACAUCAAAGUUUAUCUGUUUUUCACUUUCUCGUCUCUUCACAUUUACAUAUUCAUUUGCCUUUACAGUUUUCAAAUGUAUAUCUAUCAAAGCUGAAUUGGUGAUAUGUCAGGUACAUGUCAGUCACGUUUAUACUACAUAGGUUUACAUAGAUCUUACAUAUAAGAAAUAUCCCGGUUCAUGUAUGAAUUAUGGUAUAUUGUAACUAAUUGAAUGGAUAAUGCGAACAUUUGAUAUUUGUUUCAAAGAAAAUGAU